GUCCAAUCAGAAAAUUGCCUGACGAAAAAAUGUUUCCGCUUAGCCAAUGAAAUGGUGCCUAAUUUGGGUAUCUAAGGGGAUUUUUGACAGCGGACCAAUUGCAAUAGACGUUGCCUUUGUAGUCAGGCAGACAUAGUAUAGUUGUCCAAUCACAAAAAAAUCUGAAAGGGGAUUUUUGCUGUAUCUUGGUUCAGAUGUUGGUUCUAAGCACAGGUUAGUCGGUCCAGAUGUCGGAGGACCAGCAGCACCAGCGGGCCGACGCCUCCCACAGGGACAAGGGUGGCCUGGAGCCGGGGGAGGGCGACACAGAGCCCAGCAUUUUGCUGCAAAAGCUGAGCAGCAACAUCUCAAAGAACGUUCAGACCAAAGUGGAUCAAAUCUUGCAAGACGUUCAGCGCUUCUCAGACAAUGACAAGCUGUUCCUGUACCUCCAGCUGCCCUCGGGGCCCAGCUCCGGAGACAAAACGUGUGUGUGUGUGACACCCAGUGGUGGCGACCCGAGUUCAUUCAACACAGCUGACCAGCUGCACACCUGUAACUGGAUUCGGAGUCACCUGGAGGAGCAUUCAGACACCUGUCUGCCCAAACAGGACGUCUACGAGACGUACAGGAGGUACUGUGAGAACUUGCAGCAUCGACCCCUGAGCGCUGCCAACUUUGGGAAGAUCAUCAGAGACAUUUUCCCCAACAUCAAGGCGAGGCGACUCGGUGGCAGAGGACAGUCCAAGUACUGUUAUAGUGGCAUCAGGAGGAAGACGGUUCUGAACAUGCCUCUGCUGCCCAACCUGGACCUGAAGAACGACCCGUCGGAGCUGACCGAGCUGGUCCAGACCUACAAACAGGAAGUGACGGAGGCGGCCUGCGAGCUGAUCUGUGAUUGGGCCCAGAAGAUCCUGAAGCGAUCCUUCGACACGGUGGUGGAGAUCGCUCGCUACCUGAUCCAGGAGCACAUCGUCAACCCUCGCUGCAACCAGGCCAAGCUCGUCACGUCCGCUGCCCUCGCAGGCGGUCCAGCUAAAACCCAUAAAGUCAUAAAGAAAACUCCUGUGAUUUCUCCAGCUGACGGAGACGGAGCCGCAGACCAGAAGAAGGAACAGGGAGACCUGUCCUCGUCUUCACCCAAGAUGUCUUCUGGGGACAAAUCCACAUCGGCCGUCCCCAAGCCUUCCUCAGCAGACGCUCCUCCUCCUCUUCCUCCUCCUCCUCACGCCUCCUCUACCUCCUCUGCCUCUCUGCAACCAGCAGUGGAGGCGUUCAUAAAGCAGUUACCCAGAAUCCUUCCUCGCAGCACCGUCCCUGACAAGAGCUUCUCCGUCCGCUCCGCUGUGCCCCCACAGGCGCCGGCGGACGCCUCCGCCGUCGGCGUGCCGUCUGCACAUGGAGGCGCCGCCGCCGUCACCGCUCCUGCCAACAGCGGUGGGGUGAAGGUCAUCACCAUGACGACGCUGCCCCAGCAGCAGGGCAGGACGUUGCCAGUGAUGAUUCUUCCUCAGAGCUGUUUGUCCUUUGAGGCGGAGAAGGUAGCUCCACCCCCUUCUCUGUCUGCCCAGCAGCACGCCGUGGCGGCGCCGACCUCGGUGGUCCAGAAAGCUCGGGGCGCCGCCGCCAAGCGACCCCAGGAGGGGGAAGUGUCAUCCGUUGGUGUCUCAGCCGCUUCCUCUCUCAGCACUUCUCCGGUUAAACGGAAACGUGGCCGGCCGAGGAAACCCCGACCUGAGGACGCGGUUCCAUCCCCAUCUCCUCAGCCGCCACCACCUCAGCCGCCGAUUAUCACGCCAUUGACCGGCGGCGUCAUCCAGAAGGCGACCUCUUCCUUGUCAUCCGCCGCGCAGACGGUGGUGGAGCUGGUGAUCCAGGAGCCGCCGGGGCUGGUCCUGGGUCAGCUGCCCGCCAUGUCCGACCCGGCCCACCGGCUGGUGGACCCCCGUGGCGUGGUGGUGCAGUGCCAGCCGGCCAGCGCCGCAGACCCGGACAGCCAGGUGAGGCCCGUGCUGCUCUUCCACAGCCCUGGGAACCCCAGCUGGGAGCGGACCCCCAUGGUGGAGGUGAUCCAGAAGGCGCCGAGGCCGAACAACAACAGCGGUGGCGGCGGCGGGCUCGGCAUGGCUCCGUUCCCGCCGCUGCCCGCGCCCACGCUGCAUGAGGAGCAAGGCGAGGUGGAGAUCACGCUGACGCCGGUGGAGGUUCACGUCAACCCACCACCUGCCUCCACCUCCUCUGCUGCUCCUGCCUCCUCCCUCUCAAUCUCCUCCACCAUGGUGGUAAAGAUUGAGGAGGAGGAAGUAGACAACAGCCCCCCACCCCAGAAAGGAGGACAUUAGCUUUCAUCAACCACCUACUUCUGUAUUCACUCAGAUUUUACCUCAAGACUCCCGCCCCCUCCUCCUUGCAUCCUCGUCCUGAUUGGUGGAAAUCCCAGAUUGGCUGGAGCACGAAAGCCAAUCCAGUAGGAUAAAUGAAGCCAGGAAGUCUACACUUUAACUGCAUGUUUGUUUGUGAGCGACAUGUGGUUCACACUGCAAAAACACAAAAUCUUACCAAGGAUUUUUGGUCUAGUUUCUCAAGCAGAUAUCUUACACUUGAAACAAGACAAAACUAACUUACAAGUAAGUUUUCAGCAAGAUAUAGGAGCUUGUUUUAAGUCAAUAAUACUUGUUCCACUGGCAGAUUUCUUCACUUGCUUCGCACCUGGCACUGUACUGUUACCUAGCAACGCCAGCCAAGCCCAGCCUGUCCCCUAGCAACCAGUUCUAGUUCCACUGGCAUUUUUUUUCACUUAUAACAAGACUUUUUUCCCCUGCGACAUUUGUCCUUGUUAAAUAAACUAAUAAAUGAAAUGAAAUGUUAGAAGUGCCACUAUUACUAGUUGUUUUUCAAGAAUUAUUUACUUAAAACAAGCAGCUAUGUUUUCCUGAAAACUUAGUUGUGAAUUAAUUUUGUCUUAUGUCAAGUGCACGAAGAUAUUUGCAAUAGAAACUAGACCAAAGAUACUUUUUUUAAAAUUCAGUUUUUGCAGUGUACAUCUGAACUACUUCUUGUUCCUUCUUCCUUCCUUGCCUUAUUUGCUGUAUUUUUAAUCCUCCCAAAAAUUUCUGUGUUGCAGUUUGUUUGUCCGUGCUUAACUUUAAAAAAAAAAAGAGAGAAAAACUGAACGAUAAUUGUACUAAAAAAAUAACACUGCAAAAAACAAAAAACAAAGUCUUACCAUGUAAUUUUGGUGUAAAUCUCUUGGUACACUUAAAAUGAGAUAUAAUUAUGUAAUGGGUAACUUUUCAGCAAGAUACAGACAGUAAUUCCUUUAUCUUAAUGAAAAAAUGUUGGUUUACCUGGCAGACUUAAAAUAAAAUCAAGAAUUUUGUUCCAUGUUAUAAGUAAAAUAAUUCGUUCUACUUUGUAUUUUUCAUCAAUAUUAAGAAAUUAUUUACUUAUCUUGCUGAACAGUUACUUAUAUGUUACUUUUGUCUCAUUUCAGGUGUAGCAAGAUAUUUGCAUGAUCUCACUUGGUAAGAUUACAUUUUUUUGCAGUGUAAAAGAGGAAGGUGCCAUGUUUGUGAAACGGGCAUCAGGUGGUACAUACGGGUUAGAUCCUUCUAAAGGUUCUCUGCUAAAUGAACCAGAACCAAGCUUUGAUUCACCGUUAGUUCUUACAAUUUAUUCCUGAGGAAGUUGUUGAAGUUCUAAUAAUAUUUAACAGUUUAGUAAAUGUGAAUUAAAGCUUGGUUCUGCUCUGCUCUUCUAAAGAGUUCCUUUGUUUUAGCAGAUUUGUGUUUUUAUCUGAGUGAGCUUUAUACAUGUCUCUGAUUGCGUGUUUGAAAGAUUAAAAACGUAAAUUUACUCAUUACUCAGAAUAAUAUAUCAAGUAAAAUUAGUCAUUUUAUAUAGAAAAACAACAGUUUUAUACAUAAACUUAACAAAGUCAGAAUUAUUCCAGAAAACGUAGCUGAAGAGUUGGAAUUGCUCUUGUAGAUUUCAGAAGAUUUAUUCCUAAAAAAAAUUAAAUCUGGAACAUAUGAGGUUGAGUUUGAAAAGGUAAGAAAAGCUGCAGAAACAGAAACGGUUUCCUGUAAAUCGAGAACCAAAAACGACGGUUUUAUUUAACUGUCAGCUAAAAGGCUUCAGCUGCUUAACUUACAACCGAUUAAAUGUUGAUGUUCCACUAAAACAUUCAGAAUUGAUCCAAAUGUUGCAGUUUUCUUUAAUAAAACAUUAGCCCCUUUCAGACCAUACUUCGGCUAGAAACAUUCCAAUUAAAUCUGCUUUUUAAGGGUAAUUUAUAUCACAUAAGUUCUUCAUGUAAGUCACAUCACUCUGAUUUAACUGUAUUUGUACAAUAAUUUACAACAAAGAUGCAUUUAACUCAUCCAACUACUUUUAUUUAUAUUAUAAGAAGCAACAAUUUCUCCCAACUCUUGGUGGAGUAAUAUCUUUAAUUCCUGUUGGAAUUAUAACAUUUAGAUAUUUUGACUUAAACAAAUUUACACAUUUGCUAAAUUUUGUGGUGCUUGGCUUGAAGACAUGGCUUAAAAAUAACAUUUCAGAUUUUUCCAUACCAUACAAUAAAAUAAAAAAAAGCUAAUUGAAAAUGUUUUCAAACAUUGGUUUUAUGUUUGAAAAGCCAAACUAAUUUUUAGUUUUAACUAAAACUAAUCCCUUUUAGUUGUACGAUGGCGUGUUAAGGCUAGGCCAUCAAAAUGUUUGUUGAGUUACAAGAAUAUUAGCAGAAUAAAGAUGCAUUUUUAAAAGAAGAAUGUCUUUAAAUUCUGAGAAAAUAGCUUAUAGUCGACGACGUCUGACGUGAUCCGAUCAGUCUGUGUGUAUUUUUCUUUAAAAUAGUUUUAAGGUCCUAUUUUAUUUUUUGCAGUCAAUAAUAAUUAGCUAAAGCACCACAUAUGUCCUUAUUUUUAAAAACUGAUACCAAAGUAUAACUUCACAAGAUGCUCAACAUUCCUCAUUUAAAUUUUUUGUUUAUUUUUGUCCUAAUAUUACAACUGUGAUUAUGAUAUAAUGUAAUAAUAUAAUAAUAAUUAUAUCAUAAUAUAAUAAUAUUAUGAUUUAAUUAUGACUUUAUUGUCAUAAUUAUAUAAAAAUAGAAAAUACAAAUUGAAAGUCCAAAUAAACAGAAUCUGUGAAAUACACUUGGCAAGCUAGAUGGUCGAAACACAUUGGAAACCCAUUUUUACACACUGGAAAAAAGAUUUCCAAUAAAAAUCCAGACUUUAAAAAAAAAAAAGUAUCUUCAACAAUCACAAAUUGGAUUAAUCGAUAAAUUAGAUUUAUCUCCCAGCCUGAUGCUUCACUAGUUCAAACUCCAAUAAAAACUGACAGUGUAGAAAUUUUCUUUCUGUCUUCCUGUUUCUUGGUCCAAAUGCUUCAAAUGAAGGCAAGUAUUCAAAAGAAAAUACUGCAAUCACAGGUUGAAGUGUAUGAUCUGAAAAGGGCUACUGACACUAAACAGAACUUAUUAAAAUAAAAAAAUAUGAAAUUGGGAGAAUAGAUUAUGCAAUGUAGACUGUGAGCUAAAGAAAAUUGUAAAUGCUAACAAUAAUUUCUUCAGCUCAGGCAAUAGUAGAGCAAAGCACAAUGUAAUCUGCCACAUAGCACUAACACAUUGAGAAGCAGUAAAAUGUAUUAAUUACUGGCUGAUAUUUGCGCUGUUGUUGGUUUCUGUGGUGAAGUUUUAGAUUACACGUUUAACCUACGGGUUGCUUCGCUGUUGUACGUUGCCAUUGUGACCUUUGCCCCAAUUCCAGCCACCUGUUGCAGCUACAUCACAGUCAGCAAUGUGACACCAUUUUCUUACUUUCUUUGAUGGCUGUCGAAGAAAAUAUUUUCGCUGCCUUAUUUUGACUUGAUUUUUGCUAAGCUUAAAUUCAAAUAUCUCAAUAUAUAAACCAAGUAACUCAGGACUGUUGGAUAAAGAAUAGAGGGAAAAAUGUUGCUGAAGGAGUAAAUUUCCACCAAAAAAACGCUGAAAUUUUUCUUUUGCGUUUAUAUUUUUUUGCAAAAAAUAAAAUAAAAAGUACAGUUUUCAUUAAUUAAAGUCAAAAUUGUACAAUAUUAAAACUUGGAAAAGUCAAAAAGAGGUUUACUGAGGUUAAAAAGUCGGAUAUUUGCCACAAAAUAAUUACAAUUGAGUUGGUAAGAGUAGAAGCACAUGAGGAUUUUUUUGAGAGUGAAUUGUAAAUUUUAUUUCUUUAUCUGAUACCGACAUGGUUCUGGUUUUAAUCAUGGAAAAUUUGCUUAUGUUUCUUCAACGUCGGUGAAUAUCCAUGUUUUUUCUUGUAAAUAUGUGAAAUUAAUCUCAAAACUUACGAGUUUUCUCGGGUGAAAAUUUUCUCCUUCUGAAACAUUUUUGUUUUUGUUCUUUUAACCUUGAGAUGAACAUUUUCAACAAAAACAUCUCAAAUCUCUCAGAAGUUUUUCCAGAUCUCUUUAUUUUUCUCACAGUUAAUAUGCAAAACAGAUAAUUUCUUCUUUCACCUUCUCAUUUUUGGAGGGAGUUGCUAUGGAAAUGUCACAUUGCUGACACUCUUCACCUCUACCAAACGUUCUGUCGCUCCACUGGCGGGCGUCUUUUUCUUCUUCGUUGGUGCUACAAUGCCAUAGGGCUCCAUUACUUUGUCUGUCCUGCCUGUUUUUUCACCAUGUGACCACAAAUUUGUAAAAAAAAAAAAGAAAAAAACACAAAGAAAGAAAAAAGCCAGUUUGUGGACUUGUGUAAAAUGUCUGUCCUCACACAUAGUGCUUUUUUCUGUUGGAGGGACACUGAAAAUAUCAAGACUGUUAUAUGAAAAAAAAAAAAUCAACCUUGUUGCGUUGCGACACAAGAAAACUGCUUGAUUAUACGCUCACUGCCCUAAAUUUAUCAUUUAAAAGAAGCACGAUUAUUGAUGUUAGCCGUUCGCCUGAGUUUGGUGAAGUGCCAACAUGAUUCAUUGGUGAACUGAAACAAACGUUGCACUGCUAGAGUUUAAAGAUGGACUCUGUGUGUAUAUUAUGAGUUUAUUGUACUGAGAAAAUACUCUGUCCAGUAUUUAUGAGUGAUGUAGUAUUCUGCUUAAUUCUUGCACUCUGCUAGAGGCCGACAUCUGCCGGCUCAGAUUUUUAUUUCACCAGCGUAAUAACCCUGGUUUAAACUUUACUCAGUUUAGAGUUUAAUAGUAAUAAUAAUUAACAAAGGAAAAUAAACUCUGUUUUUAUAUAGAGGUUAAAGUAACUGAAGGGUAUUGAGUGGGUAAAAGCAACAUUUCACUUGUGGGCUUUGGUUGCAACAAUUGAGAUUUUAAAGGUUUAAUGCAGCAAAGUUCAGGCAGAUUUAAUUCAAAAGCAUCCAGUCAACGUGUUUCUCAUCUGACUGAUUAUUGUGGGUUUAGGGAUAAAAUAUCAAGGCUUAGGAGAUGCUUCAGCCGACCAUCCAUAGGUUCUUUGUUUUCAGAUUGCUUCAACGUGUUGUUCCGAGACAUAAACUUAAAUGGAAACGUUUUCUUCUAAAAUGUCCCAAGUCCACACAGACAUAAGAAACCAAGACUUUUUUAUUCCUUAGACGGGUUCAGUAGUGAAAAUUUUUCCCUAAUGUAUUUGUGUCAACAGCAAAAUCGCAACUUUGGUGAAAUUGCUGACAUGUUAACUUGAUCUAUGGCCCCAAAUACGUCAUGCAUGACAACAAUAAUGGCGGAUUACAUUUUCGUGGUGCUGCUGCUGCAAAAUGUUCUAUGAAACACUCCACUUGCACUUUUCUGUUUGCACCGACCCGUGGUGUACCAGCGAGGUUAAAGGUUCAGGGGAGUAAAAUCAAUAUUUUGGUUCUUGGUGUUUCUGUUUCUGUGUGGAUAAAAACAUCUUUGGAAAUGGUCGUGGUUUCACGUGUUUUUGAAACCAGCAAUCUGUUUUACAAAACCAUUCCCCUGUGGAUGGAGGGUUAAAUUUCACUCCAAUAAACACAUCAUUUGUACUUUACAGCGGCGAGUUAAGGCAACGCUAAGAAAAUAAUAAAUUAUGAGAAUAAAGUUUUAGUAUUACACAAAUUAGGACUUUAUUUUCUAAAUAUUAUGAUUUUAUUAUCUCUAUUGCUUUAUUUUUGUAUUAUUUUAUUCAUAAAAUGCCCCAAAUUAGCAUAAUGCUAAAAAUAAUUGCAUAUUAUUUUCAUCAUAUUUUGAAGUACCUCUCAGUUGCAUUAUUUAUGGUUCUGAUCCUCUUAUAAAAAAUGGGACAUUGCAACUCAAACUGUAGCACAUCUUAGUGACUUUGUGCUGUUUUUGUUUUUCUAUUUUUUAGCAGUUUCCAUAAAGAGAUGAGGAAAUUAAGACUUACCAGAUGUUUAGAAGUCUGGAUCUGCAACAGUAACUUACAGUUUGGACUAGAUUAAACAGAUUUAUUUCUGUGUGUUUUAAUUUGAUUAAAUAAUGAUUAUUGUUCUGUCAGCACAAGUUUUUUAAGGUGUUGUGAGAUUGUCACCAAAGCCCCGUUAGAGAUGAUGUUGAUCUCUAAGUGAAAUGUUGCUUUAGGGGAUAAGAUGUUUUAAAUAGUUCAGGUUCAAACCUGAGGAUAUUCAGCAGCCGAUUCCCCCCAGCAGGACCAUUCUGGGCCAAACUGGUCAAACUGGUUGUUUACAGUUAUAACUCUAAUCUAGCUUUGUUUGGCGCUCACUGAUUUAUCUGAAAAGAUUUAUUUUAAAAUGCUGUUUGGAUGGAGAGCUAUGCAGUAAAACAAACGUUUCUGAUGUUAGUUUGCAUUCUGAUCUGGAGUUUUUACUUCAGGGGAAACAAGAAACAAUGAGUUAUCAGAUAACACGUUGACGGAAAGGUCAGAGUUUUGUCAGCUGGUUUGCAUGAAAGUCAUCAGAAAUACCUCGAAUUUUAAAGAGGAAAACCGAGUUUGGAUUCAGGCAGUUCAGACGCCAGCGUGAUUUUUUUCUCUCUGAAUUACAGGAACUUUGAAUGUUUGAAGCUUAAAAGAAGAGCAAGUAUUUGCAGUUUGAGAUUUAAAAAAAACCAAGAGUUUGAAUUGGUGAAGAUGUUGGUAGAAAUGGUCUCAAAUGUUGGGCAUGCCUAGUUUUGGCUAACUCUGGUCCUGCAUGGCCUUGCUGGGAGUUUGUAUCGGGAACCGAGCUUUGAAAGUGCAAAGCAGAAGAAAACUUUCACUGUGGAAAUCCAGAAACGGGUCAGUUUAGCAAAGAUAAUGAAUCGGGAUUCGGGUAUUGGUGCGAUGAUGCUGGAGAAUCAGACGAAGUCACGCAAACGCUCUCCGAUGGCACUUUCUGUUUACACACUGCGAAACACAAAACUUUACCAAGUAUGUUUGGUCUGGUUUCUACUGCAAAUAUCUCUGUGCACUUCAAGUAAGACAAGACUAACUUAAAUGUAACUUUUCAACAAGAUAUAGGAACUUGUUUAAGUCAAUAUUGAUGAAAAAGUUCUAGUUCCACUGGCAGCUUAUUUCACUUAUAACAAAAUAUUUUUCCAUAUAUACAGCUAGUUCUUUUUCAUCAGUAUUAAGGAAUUAUUUACCUAAAUCAAGCUGCUAUACAUUGCUGAAAAGUUUAUACGUUUAUUUUGUCUUACUUCAAGUAUACUGAGAUAUUUGCAGUAGAAACUAUUCCAAAAAUACUUGGUAAGAGCUUGUCUUUUUUGCAGUGCAGCCUGGUGUCACUUUUAACUCCGAAGUAUUGUCACUAAUUUAGCGAAUAUAAAACACGUAGUUGUUAAAGUAAAUGAUAUAAACAUCCAGCCUGCUCAAAAUAAUAUUCAGACGACUGGAUUGGCUGUGAUUAAAAACAUAAAAUUAGCUUUUUUUUUACUUUAAAAGUUGACAAUAGCUGCCUUUAUUAAGAUUUUGUUGCCUAAUAUCUGUUGGAAACAACAUAGAAUGUCGAGAGGAUAAAUAAAAUUGAUAAUAAAUUGGAAGAUGAUCAACUCCGCAGGUAAUGUAAUGAUGGUGAACUCUGAGGUGAAGGAAGCUGUUAGCUGUUAAAAACCCACUCAAGGAAGUCUAAACUUAAGCAAAAAACAUUUUUAAAAAGAUUCUGCCUUUGCUCUUCCUCUGGAAUUCUGGGUAAUGUAGUCCUUGAGUGGGGAUUUGACACAGCUUUUUUUUUUUUUUAAAUUGUCGCUCUCCAAAUGAAUUUGAAAAUUCCCGUAUUGUUUAAUUUUGCUGUCGGUCUUUUGUUCUGCGUAUUGGUGUGUGUCUUUGCUGUUUCAGACAGUUGUACAGCUUGUUGAUGUGCAGUCGUUUCCCUCCUUCUUACGGUUGCUCUAAAAAUCUUCCCUGCUUUGUUUUAUUUGUGAAAGACACUGCCAGCUCUUCGCAUGGUUUCCCUGUUGCUGUUUGUUGGGUUGUCUUUAUUAUCACCUGUAAAUGUUGAUUUGUUUUCUUUUGUUAACCUGCUGGCUUUAUGUGUUUCUUUUUUUUUUUUUUUUUGCACUUUACUUUUAAUGUUCCAUAAUGAGGCUGAGAGGGAGGAAAAUAUGUUUUGGCUUGGAGAUGAUAGUUUUGAGUGAAAUGCACCUUUAUUUUUCCCUGUUUCUGUUGUGAAAUUAAAAAGAGUGACGGAGGAGAGAAGCCAGAACAUUAAUGUGAAUCUAUUUUCCUACAUUGAUGGAAUAAAAGACGUGACGUUCA